UGCCGAGAGAUGCGUCGUCGUUUCGUUGCAGUCUUCCGCAGUCGGUGGUUACAGUGCGCAAUGGUCGCGAUGGCGCUCAGCUACGCGUCCGAAUGUGUAAACCGCAACGAACCGUACUGGGAAACGGAUGUGGCAUACCUACACUGGUCAACCGACGUGCCAGCAAUCACCGUGUGCUCUGCAGCUUCCGGUCUUUCGGCAGAUCGCGUUGGACCGCCGAUGCUGAGUAAACCAAUGUUCAAUGAGAUUGACAAUACCUUAAGUGUAAAUAUAAUACAACGAACAAACGAAUUUAAAAAAAAGGAUAGUACCAUAUUGUGUAAAAAUAUGUUUAAAAAUUGUUCGUGGAACGGAAAACCUUUCAACUGUUGCAGACAUUUUCAAUCACACCGAUUUAUCAUUGAAACCCCGUGUUUUAGUAUCAAUUCUUUACAAACAAUUAACAAGAAAAAAAAAUUAGUUGUAAGCCAUUUUUCGAAAAACGGAGAAUUAAAAAUAGAAUUCAAUGAGCCAGUUGAGAUUUCGCUGCACGGUUUGGUGGACGUAAGAUUUGGUGAGUUACAAAAACAAUACGUUAUGGUAAACACGGGCGAGGAAGUGGAACUGUUGUAUACGACCCGUCAGAUCAUCGAGGACGUUUCGUUGGUAGCUUUGGACUUUGCCAAACGCGGAUGUCUGUUGCGAGACGAGAAAAAGUUAUUUCAUCACCCCGUUUACAGUAAAUCCGCUUGUUUACUAGAGUGUGCUUUGCGCCGACCCGAAGUCUACGCUAAAAACUACACAUUAUGUGAUUGUCCUCCUAUAUGUGCAGAAAUGGAAAUAAAUAACAUAUGGAAUGGAACCCAGAGAUCGGUCGAUAAUGUAACAAGAUGCAUUCUUACUAUGUCAAAACCAGCAACAGAGCGAUUGGUAAUGAAAGCCAAAAAAGAUUACUUAGAUUUAAUAGUUAUCGUUGCAUGCCUGCUACAAUUGUUCACCGGAAUUAAUCUGUUAGACAUUCCAAAAUUUAUAUUUAAAAAAAAAUAGUAAUAAAUCCUGAUAUUAUAUAACUUAUAAUACAUUUAAGUUAAAUUUAUAA